GUCAGAAUUGUCAGGUGACAUUUAUGAUAAUAUAACCUAUAUUAACCACGGCUUGUUUAAAUGUGUAAAUAAAAUAAGAAAUAAGAAUAUGCAAGUUUCAGAGCCAAACAACGUUAAGAUUUACAAUCUAAGUGCAGGAAAAUCACUACCAGAAUGGCUGUCCGAAAGAAAACGAAGAGCUUUGCUGAAAUCAAAUGUAGAUAUUCGGAGAAGGAUAGAGUUAAUACAAGACUUCGACAUGCCAGGAGUGAGCACUACGAUAAAAGUUUCUAGGGAUGGCCAAUAUAUUUUAGCUACUGGUAUAUAUAAGCCUAGAGUAAAAUGUUUCGACGUCAACAAUCUAUCACUGAAGUUUGAGAGGUGUUUCGACUCAGAGUCUGUUACAUUUGAAAUACUCAGUGACGAUUAUAGUAAGGUAGGGAUGAUGACAUUUAGGAGUUCACAGUAAUUACUCAUGACUCAUAAAAUUGGGUAAACUCAGUUGUUUGGUAUAAAAUAUCUGUAUAAACCAGGCCUGUCCAACUUAAUGUGGCCCAAGGACCACUUAAAAAAAAAUGCAGUUUGGAGGACCGCAUUAUAAAACCUUUCUAUUCAACAUUAUUACAGAGUUAAUGUAAGAAUUGUGCAUAUUCGGUAUUUGAUAGUAAUUUAUACAUGUGAUGUAUACAUGACCUGUGAAGUGGGCCGCAAGAAAGGAGUUCUCGGGCCAUAUGUUGGACAGCCCUGGUAUAAACAUACCAAUACUGUUGCUUCAGAGUGCAACAUUUUUAUGAAGUGACCAUUAGUCUUUUGAUGGGCAGUGUCAUUAGAAGCAUGCACUCAAAUCUGAGAAAAGGAAAUAGUCUGACAGACCCCACGGUAAGUAAACUGUCCCGUAUCUUCCACAGUAGAAACGCCUCCUGGCCAAUCGGGGCACCUAAUUCCUCGCCUAUUGGUGCCAGACAAGUCAUAUGAUGUUCAGUGCAUUUCCUUUAUUUGAAGAUGAAACACAGGCAUUAUUUGGUGUGUAGGGGUCUGCCAGACUUCACCUGUGUGUUUAUGUGAAAAUUGUUUAAAUUGCGAUAUGACCGGUCCAUCAAAAAGAGUUUGGUUAAGUGACAAAAAUUUUGAGGAAACUGACCUCAAGUUGACGACACUGCCAGUGAUAUAGAUAGUGCUGCAGAGGACGAAAAUAUUGCGUCAGAACACGAGACGGACUCAGACUUCUCGGCAGGCGGUGAUAGUGACCAAGAAAGUGACACUCAUCAGACGGACAAUAAAUACUUCUAUAGCAAAAACCGCUUUAGAUGGUCCUCUACCGAAGUUGUUCCUUCAUCGUGAACUAGGAAGCACAACUUGGUGACAAAGGUUCCUGUGAUAAGAGGACGAGCCCGCGAUUUAGGCAACAAGUUGGUCUUUCUCCAGUGUGACCGAUAUAUAGAGUUCCAUGCAGCAUAUGGACGCCAUUAUAGGUUGAGAAUACCAAAAUUUGGCAGAGAUAUGCAGUAUCAUUACCCAAGCUGUGACCUAUUUAUCGUUGGUGCAUGUUCAGACAUCUAUAGGCUGAACCUAGAAAGAGGUCAGUUCAUGAGUCCUUAUUCCAGUAAAGCAUCAGCAAUUAACAAAUGUGCAAUCAAUCCAGUUCACCAUCUGCUGAUGUGUGGUACAGAGGAAGGAAGAAUUGAGGCUUGGGAUCCAAGGACUAAGAAUAUAGUUGGAACUUUAGAUUGUGCCUUUAACUGUGUUACGGAAAACAGAGAGUUGAGUAAUUUUCCUUCGAUUACUGCCCUCAAAUUCAAUGGUGGUCUCCAGUUAGGUGUAGGGACAGCCACGGGACAAGUUUUGCUUUAUGACAUAAGAUCAAACAAGCCUUUUCAUAUCAAAGAUCAUAUGUACGAACAGCCAAUCAAAGAUAUUGAGUUUCACUAUCAACAGGAUCUCGUUUUUUCAUUGGACAGUUCUGUAGUGAAGAUAUGGGAUAAGAACAAUGGAAAACUAUACACUUCGAUAGAAGCCUCCACAGAGUUCAACAACCUGUGUGUCGUUCCAAAAAGCGGAUUGUUGUUCCUAGCGACAGAAAAUACAAAAAUGCAAACAUACUAUAUACCCAGCUUGGGCCCUGCACCACGAUGGGCCAGCUUCCUCGACUCGCUCACUGAGGAACUUGAAGAGAACAACUUUGAAAACGUUUAUGAUGAUUACAAGUUCAUCACAAAACAGGAGUUGGAAAAUUUGGGACUAGAUCAUUUGAUUGGAACCAACCUUCUCAGAGCUUAUAUGCAUGGGUAUUUCAUGGAUGUGCGGUUAUACAAGAAAGCCAAGUCGGUCGCAAAUCCAUUCGAGUUUGAUGAAUAUAGAAAGAAGAAGAUACGAGAAACUAUUGAAAAAGACAGAAGUAAUAGGGUCCAAGUUGAUAAGUUGCCCAAGGUCAAUAAGGACUUAGCUCUCAAACUCAUGAAUGAACAGAACGAUAAGAAAAGAAAAGAAGGUGCCGCAUCUCUCUUGGCGGAUGAUAGAUUUAAGGCUUUGUUCGAAAAUCCAGAUUUUGAGGUGGACAGAAAUGCUGAAGAAUACAGACUACUAAAUCCAGUGUUAUCCAGAAUGGAAGAGAAGAAUAAGAAGAAGCAGCUGAAAAAGAUUGUUUCCCAAGAAUUUGAUCCGGUUGAGGAGGAGCCUGAAGGUAAAGGAAGUUCUGAUGAAGAAUUAGAUUUUUACGAGUUGCGACAGGGCGAAGAUUAUAAAGGAAUAAAUUCUUUGAAGAAGAAGCGGAACAAAGCAUCACUGGGCGAGCGAAUUAGAACAGAAGAAGUAAACAGACGUUAUUAUAUAAUGUAAGUUGUUAUAAUAAAAAGUGUUUGAGCUUUAACAACUUGUAUGUAAAUUUAUAUUCCAGUG